UUGGUUGAAAUUCCUGGCAAACUUCUUCACCUUGGGAGGACCGGAGACUUCAUCACUUUCCCGACGCCUGGCUGGAAUAAUAGUUUCCUCCAAGUUGAAAUUGUUGCUGCCAGAAGAGACACGCUAUGUGGAGAGCGCACACGUCGAGACAGGGUCGACAAGUCCUGAAUGCUUGCAGAAGGCAUUUAGCUGCAGAGGCUGGCCAAGGAAGUGUUCCCCCUCCGAUUCCUCCACCUCCUCCUAAGUCUGGUGGUUUCGGUUUCUUGAAAUUCUUGGGCGUUUCAGUUCCUCUAGCCGGAGGAGGUACAGUGGGAUAUGCUUGGUAUGACCCAGAAUUUCGUAAACAACUUGAGACAAAUGUGCCAUAUGCCAAAGAGCUCCUGGAGAAUGUAUUACCAGCGUCUGAAGCUGAAGCAGCACCAGUGAGGCCAGAGAAGCCCGUUCUGGCUCCAGCUCUUGGGAAUGCUUCUGUGCUUAGUGUUCAAGAUGAUGUGGCGAAACAGUCUUCCCAAGUGUCAGCACCAACAGCCUUCCCUCUAAGUUGGGUUAAAAUGGCUAGAUGUGCUUCUGAGGAUCAGAUUGGUUUUGCAAAGAGACGCCGCUAUAAGCGCAAAAAGAAACCAGACAGUUACCUUAGUUAUUGCCAGGCCACCACGGAUUGUGAAAAACCUAAUGAGCAAGAUGAUAUUAACCUGAAAGAAGAUAAUGAAGAGGACGAUGAAGACAGUGAAGAUGGAAUCAAUGGAAAAACUCAUCUUCUAAGUGAGCAGAGGUUAGACAUGGCUGAGGUGCUAGUCUUUCAUGAAGACACAGAGAAAGAGAUUACAGAGAAAUUGAUGUCUAACACUCAGAAUCCUCUUCAUGACAUCACAGAUUUAGAUGUGACCAAGUAUCUCAGCUAUGGUCCAUAUGUGUCAUAUCUUGGCCAUACAGAAAUGUCAGCGGCUAUUGAACCUCAAAAGAGUCUGGCAUCAGCUGAAGAGAAAAAGACUGGUGUAUCUGACGAGCCUAAAGCAAUGGACCCAUUCUUGAAGAAGGAAGAGGAGGAAAAAGCUGACAAUGCAGCCCUGGAGGUAGCUAUCCACAGACUGUUGACCAACAGCCAGACCCUCACGGAGGAGGCUGUCAAGGCCCAGCAGGAUGUAGCCAACUUCACCCGCAGUCACACCAAGCUGUUGAAGCAGGCUAUGGAUGAAACUUCUGAUAUUCUUAAGAAGGAUGAUCAGUGGCAAGCAGUAGCAGUGGCCUUUAAGGAAAAAGAAAAUGCUGUCCAUCGUUCGAAUGAGUUAGUUUCUGAGACAAAGAAGAGCAUAGAAAAGCUUCAAGACGUUCUUGCCAACAGCAAAAACAACAAAGUAACGAAGAACAAUCCAGCUAUUUUCCCAGCCACAAAGAAGGUUGUGGAGCUGACCAAGGAACUGGGCACAGCAAACUCUCAGGUGAGACAAGCAGAGUCUGAGGCUAAGGUGCUGCUGAAGUACAAGGAUCUGGUGGAGAAGGGCAGGAAACAGUUCCAAAAGGAGUUGGAGAGUUUGAUGCCAGAUGUAAAGCUGGGAACCACUAGCAAAAAAUUGACAGAAGAGGAACUGAAUUCCCUGAUUGCCCAUGCGCAUAGAAGAAUCGAGCAGCUGCAGAGGCAACUGGCGGAACAAAUGGCUAUGGAGAGACAGAGGCUGUCCACAGCCAUGGAGGCCCAGAGGCAUGAGGACCACGGGAUCACUCUUGCCGCUGUGGCCGACGAGCGGUCGCGUUUGCAGGCCGAGUUUGAAUCAGAGAAACAGAAACUGGAAAUGGAAUUUCUAGUUCGUCAGGAGGGUGAGGUGCGUAAGCAACUGUCUCGGCAAGCUGCAGCACACAGCGAUCACAUCAAGGAUGUCCUGGCUGUGCAGAGAGAGCAGCUCAACCUCGAUUUCAACAGAGAACUCAAUGCUAAGAUUCUUGAGGAGAGAGAAAAGUUCCAGACAGAAGUGGCUGGCUGGAUUUCAAGACUGAAGGGCAUUGAGGCUGCCGUUGAUGCUCGAGCAGCUAGUGAGAAAUUGGCGAGGUGUGCUCAAGACUUGUGGCUUGCGUGCAUUGCCCUGAACUCCCUAAUACACUUUGGGAAUGAGGAUGGUUCUGAAGCCCUGAUUCCUAUUAGAAAAGAAGUGGAAGCUGUUCUCAAUGUUGGCAACAAGCAUCCUUUUGUUGAGACUGUUGCCAAUGCCAUGCCAGAGGCUGCUCUUGAGCGUGGCGUGUACACAGAAGAACAGCUUCGCAAGCGCUUCGUCAAAGUGUCUAGUGUGUGCCGGCGACUGGGACUCAUCAAUGAGUCAAACACAUCCCUUUACAAGUACCUGAUAUCGUUCUUGCACUCAUUUGUUGUGUUUGACAACAUCACAGUCUUGACACCUACAGACCCGGUGGACCUGAACUCUAUAGACAAUUAUGGGCUGGUGGCCCACGCCCAGCACUGGAUGGAGCGCGGAGAUUUGGAGAUGGCGCUGAAGUUUAUGAACCAGCUGACUGGCGAGGCACGUCGUGCCGCGUCGGACUGGAUCAGGGAAGCCAGCCUGCUGUUGGAGACUCGGCAAGCAGCCAGCACUCUGACAGCUUAUGCCUCCGCCACUGGCUUGGCCAACACCUUCUAGCAAGAACCUUUCCAUUGAUAGAAUUGUGUAUAGUUCCAUAAGACGCCUGUUUUGUGUAUAGGUCUCAGAAUGAUAUAGCGUGGUGAAAGUUGCACGAAUGUAACGUGGUACUGUGUUUACUUGGUCUAUUUGCAACACUGAUAUAUGGCUUUGUGCAAGACUCUCAAACCAAAUACCGACAAAUUUGUCAGAGAUAAUGGAUUCCAGUUUUGUUGAGUUUUCGGCCUACUUUUUGUGCAGUUGAAAAAUAAGACGGAGUCCACUUUUUUUUCGUGGCCGUUUUGACCUCAGGUAGGUAGCCAAUUUAUCGAUAAAUGUUUUUCCCUUUUCUCUUGAGCUGUUUUAUCUUGCACAAAGUCAUCAGUCAUUAGUAGUGUGAUAUAUAAUCUGUGAGCAGAUCCACCCUUUGUUUAGUGUGUGACACAGAAGGCUGUGGAUGAUUUCAGAUGUCACAUUUUCUCUAAAUAUUUUCAGGUGUUUUUGACAAGUCUAUGGAGAUUAUGAACAUGUUUUGUAUAAGUUUUAAUUCUCUCCCAUUUUGAAAUUAAACUAUCUAAGUUUAUCAUAUAAGAAACUAUUGUAUAUGAAAUUUUAGCACUGGCUGGAAUAUUCCAAUAAAUGGCUUUGUAGUUGGAUACAAGCAUAUGUGUUAACCAGUGGGUUGUGAUCUUGGACUGGUGUUAUUGCCCACAAGUGGCGAGUCAGUUUCAUGUACAACUGCAACGCUGAACUGCAUUUCAUGAUGCUUGAAAGUAAAAUGCUUGUAAAAUAUGUAGUCGGGAAGUGGUAUAUGAGGGUGAAGAAUUACAUCAGUUAGUUUUGUAUAUGCAUGAAGAAAAAUUGAAUGUGGAACAAAUGGAUUUGUACACACCUGUUAAGGUUAAGUUUUACUUUACUUAUUGGUCCAUCCUUUUGUGGUUUUGAGAACUGAGCGGAAGAGACAAGUGCCUCCAUUGUUGCCAUGACUGUUUUCGUACUUGACUAUUGUUUUAUUUAAACUCGAGUUUGCUUUUGAAUUUCAACUCUUUCGUGAGUGUCUGCUGGGUUCUCUGGUCUUUGGAUGUAGGUGUUUUCUUUUGGCAUAACAUCUCAGUUGGCUUGACUGUCUUUCAGUUCUGUAAUGAUAAGUUACAGUGUUUUAAUUGUAGAAAUAUCAUAAUCAAGAAGUGAAAAUUAGUUAUUUUAAAUUGUACUGGAAUGCACCUUUCUAUGGACAGGAAAAUCAAUUCUUCAAGGAAACAAAUGCAACCUUUUGAUUGAAGAGAUGUAUAUCUAUUUAUCACAAUCUGUUUGCACAUGUAUUUAGUUAUAAAUGCAUUCUUCUCUUCUGUGCAAUUUUGCAAAUGGAAAAUACACCAAUCUCUACUUCGUAUGGAACUGCCAAGUUCUUACACUCUGGCUGCUAAAUACUUUUGUUGACUGGAUCUCAUUCGACACAAUGAACUAUUAAACUCUUGAACUGCCCAACAAAGUGUUUGCACUUCUUUGAUACUUUCUAUUCUGUAUUUGCACAACAGCAGUAAGUAUGACAUAUCUCUCUCUUGGUAUUUUUGUUUUCCUUAUGUUUAGGCCAGACUACAUCUUUUCCAAAUGAAACUUGACAUUUACUCGAAGAGCCGAUUUUGUUUCUUUUAUUCUAUUCCUUGUUAUUUUGCUUGCACUUUCUGUACUGUAUGGUCUUUGUGUUAUUUUCCCUUCUCAGUGAGCUUAGCUUGAGUAAUGAAGUAAACUUGUGGGAAUUUUUUGUGGUCACUCAAACUCAUGAAAACAGUUAUGAUAUCCGGGAGAAAACAUUUCAUAUUUUUCUCUACUGAAGUCCGUCAUCUGUGUAGGCCAGUUGAGGCUUUCCAAGACAGUGAUGUCCUUUGUGUUUAAACUUUAACUAUUGCAAAUGUUGUUGAGACACCUUUAGGUGAUGUGGUCAUCUUGAAUAUAAUUUUCGAUUGGAAACAAAAGGAUCUCGCACCACAUUCUCUAGAUGGUAUUCAGCCCGUCCCACCUUAUAUAAGCAGAAUCGUGAAUGAACUAUUUAAAGUGAAGAAAAGCAGCACCCAGUGUUAUUUUGCCUUCAUCCAAUGAAGCUUACUUUUAGGUCUAGGUUUAAUACCAGUCUCUACAGUCAAAUAAAUUCAGACCUUCUGCCCUGAUAUAGGAACUGAGGGUGUAUUUGCAUCCAGUCUUCUCUUAUACUUGUUGAUUCCUGAUUUUAAAAGUUCUAAGGAUCAUAGUUUACACAAAUGUUACCUUAGAGUUGUGUGAGUUAUUUUUGUUUCAUCUGCCACAGGAACUCUAAGAAAGUAAUGAAUACUUUGUUUCUUCUGGUAACUAAUAUGUAUCGUCUUUUCCAGCCAAAUUGACUUUUUACAUUUGGCCGUCGGUCCCCUUUGCACUUCUUCUUGUUUGCUGAUUCUCUCUUCUUUUUGCCAUCCGUCCCGCUAUGGCUGGUAUUUAUGUUACUGUAUUUGUGAGUCUCUUUGUUUCUGCACAGAGUUCCAAGUGUUUUAACCAAAGAAUUGUCUCACCAGAGUGGAGAGGUAGAUUUAUCAUAUGACUAGUCCAUUCCUGUACUAGAUACCCGUGAAUGCUCUUUGGGUUUCAUCAUUCAUAUGCGAUUAGGUACUUCACCUGGAUUUGAAUAAAUUAUAUAAGUCUGC